AUGAUUCGAUUCUUCUGGGCUUGCUUGUGGCCACUUAAGAAAGAGUUCUGCCUUCUAGCCAAGCCUUUGAGUUUGAGACCAAGUAAAGCUUCCCGGCAGUCAACCAAGAAAGACUCUUUCUCCCCUACUGAAGAAAUGGAAGAUAAUUUGGACUCUUUUGGAGCACUAUACUCCGAAAGAUCCUAUCCUUCCUCCUCUUCUUUCAGUCGAGACUUCCUCCUAGUGAGGUUGCCUAUCCAGGUAUGGAAGUAUUCAAUGAAUACACUCUACCAUGGGUGGAUGAAGCUUUAUCUGGAGUAUCAAAGAUGGAAUUGUAUGCUAAGGCUUAGUGCCAGUAUAGAGCUUGAAGUUGAUGUGCCGAUCUUUAUCCGUACAUAUUACCGACCUGCGAACAUGGAUGAUUCGUUCAGGUACGGGAUAAUAUUUAGGAUGUACGAUUUGGCUGUCCAGUUACAGUGGGGCAAUGUCAUGAAAUUGCUACCAGUAACUAAGACUCAAGUGGAGACAAAAAAAAAAGCACUCAAUUUGAAUGUAAGUAAAACACGGGAUGGAAGAGGAGGCCUGAACCAACAGGGAUGAAACAGUAUAGAAUUCCCCUGGGCGAAGCAAGUCACCGAUUAGUAACCUAAGAAAGAGUUGUCAACGGGCGAGUGUCCUGCUAUAAGGUAAACUCCUACUAUUUCAGCUUCUUUUCCCGUGGUCGA